AUGGUGGCCCCCGGCAUCGCGGGCGUGAACCGGAACCUCUACGAGGUGCUGGGCGUGGCACGGGAUGCCAGCUUGUCUGCGAUUCGCGCGGCCUACCGCAAGCUGGCCGUGCAGCUCCAUCCCGACAAGGGUGGCGGCCGAGAGGAGUUCGCGGAGCUGCAAGCUGCCUACGUCAUCCUCUGCAAUGUGGCCUUGCGACAGCGCUACGACGAGACAGGGAAGACAGAUGUGCCCGCAGAUAUACGGAAUGGGCAGCGAGCCCGCACAGAGCAGACGCCGGUGAAGGAAGAGGUGUUGACCUGCUGGAAGUGCGGCAGCGAGCUUCCGGCAAAUGCCAAGUUCUGCCAGGAAUGUGGUGCCCCGCGGCAGGCCCCGGCAGCAAAGCAAGAGGCGCAAAGCCGCAAGAACCUCCAGAAGGUGCAGCUGCCUCCGGCGCUCCAGGCGCUUGUAGAAGGGCGCACGCUGGAGUCGGUGCCAGUGGCAGAGGACUUCGAGCAGACCGUGGCUCACAUCACCGUGACGGAGAAGGAGGGCAAAAGGACGCUGAAGCUGGUGUGGGACCCAGAGUUCGGGCUCUGGAUGUCAGAUCUCAAUGCAGAGAACAGGUACGGUUGUGGCGAUAUCUAUGGGUGUCAAGGAAUCGGCCAAAUUCGGAUGGUCGGACCACGUGUCACGAACCUGAAGCCAGGGGAUUGGGUUCUCCCGCUGCAUGACGUCGAUGCCGAUGGAGACAUCGAUCUGGAUGCGGCGCCUCCCGGCACAGGGCGCGUUCUCGGUGUCUGGAAAGAAAGCAGGUGCGCCAAGCUGGAGUUCUCGGCAGAUUCGCCCCUCAGCAUCGCUAACAUGGCACUGGCUAAGUCCAUUGGCGCCGCGUGCCUGCUCGUAGAGGAACACGCCAGCAAACUGUCCGCUGGUGAGACGGUCAUACUGAACUGUGCAAACGGCUCCUUGGUGGCAGUGCUGAUUCAGCUGCUCACAGCCAAAGGCUUCACGGUCCUGGCUGUGGUGAGGAAGCACAGUGGGGAAGAGUGGAUCAAGCAGAAGCUGGAAGGAUUGGGCGCCAAGCGCGUGUUUCUGAUGCAAGACAACGUCCGUGAGAUCUUGGAGGACGCUGGGCAGCAGUUGCCGGCUCUGGCCCUGGAUGGUGUCGGCGGAGCGGCCACGAACCAGCUGGUGCAGGCUCUGACGAAAACCGGCGAUCUGGUUUGCUUCGGUGUGGCUGCGGGAGGGGGCCAGCAAGCCGUUCCCCUGAACACGGGUAAGAAGUGGAAGGGGAACAUGCUGCAGUUCUCCUUCGACGAGUGGCUAAAUCGUGACGUCACAACCAAUGCAAAGAUCCUAAAUCGCAUGCUCUUGGAAGUCACACAGUUGGUCAACGAGAAGAAGAUGCAGUUCGUCAUCAAAGAGUACACUACGCAGCGGUUCAACAUGGCUGUUCUGAAUGCAAAGCAGAUUGGCAGGACGCACUGCGUGGUGCUGCAUUUGCCUCGUCUGGAAGAGGUGACAAGACGGUACACAGAUGAUGCACUGGUGCUUCAAGAGACCAGCUUGCAAGACGACAAGCAGCACCGACGUAGCUGGGACUUGGACUUCUUGGAGUGGGAAGAUGGCGGUGCAGAGGAGGAGUACAACUGGCGAGUCGACAAGGAGAAGAGCUUGUUCAAGUUGCACCCGGAUGCAGCCGAUGGAGCCAUUGAGAGGUACAGCGAUGACACUUCCCCGACGCCCAUCGCACAGGAACUGGGAGCCAGCCCUGCCAAAGCAGAAGCAGUGCUGUUCUGGUUGCCUGGUACGACUUGCCGCUUGGAGAGCGAAUCUAAGUCGGACAACGAAGCAGUGCAACUCGGUCUUCGGUUCGGCGUCGUUGACGAUGAGCUUGGCAAUCCUCUUGGCCAGCUCUCGCGAUCAAAGGGCGCUGCAAGCUUCGAGAUGCCCCUGCUGCCCAGCGAGAUCGAUGCGCUAAGACAGGUGGAGUGUGCCGCGCUUGCGCUGAAGCGGCGAGCGCAGCUCGAGGAGGAGCAGCUCAAGCGUACGUCCAGCAAUUCUUUGCCAUUCUUCUUUGGCGGCUUUGGCCAGGGGGGGGUGGUCGCGCUGUACGCUGCGACGUGCCUGAUGGAGAAGCCUAUUGAUGCAGUUGCCUUCUGUCACAGCGGAGUCCCAGCGGCCUCAAUGAUUGGCAAGCGGCUGACUCCCCAAGUGAGGAGGGCUACGAGAUUGCAUGCCAUCUAUGACAAGGCCGACGAAGAAAUUCCAACAACAUUUCCUGACACCAUCCAUCAGAUGUUGUCUCUUGCCCAAUGUAAAGCCAGCCUUUACUGGCUGCAGAAAGGUGACGGCCACGCGUUCCAGGAUGAAGCCGCGGGCGCGGUAAUCAAGUGUGCCCACAUGUGGCUGGAAGAGCUCCGUUCCCGCCCGGACGUGUUCCGGAGCUUUCGCUAG